UUCUUUGGGUAGUAUCGAAAUAGGAUAAAAAUUGAAUUUUUACUCUUUGGGUGUUAUAGAUAGUUAAUCAUGUUAUCAAAAAUUCCAUUUUUAGUUUUUGGGUAGUGUCAAAUUAGGAUAAAGAUUGAAUUUUUAAUCUCUAGGUGUUAUAGAUAGUUAAUCUUUUUAUCAGAAAUUCAAUUUUUAGUUCAUGGGUGGUGUAAAAAUUGGAUAAAGAUUGAAUUUGUACUCUCUGGGUGUUAUAAAUAGUUAAUCUUUUUAGUCAAAAAUUCAAUUUUUAGUUUUUGGGUAUAAAUCAAGAUUGAAUUUUUACUCCCUGGGUGUUAUAAAUAGUUAAUCUUUUUAGUCAAAAAUUCAAUUUUGAGUUUUUUUUGGGUAUAAUAAGAUUGAAUUUUUAGUCUCUGGAUGUUAAUCAUUUUAGUCAAAAAUUCAAUUUUUAGUUUUUGGGUAUAAUCAAGAUUGAAUUUUUCCUCUCUUGGUGUUAUAUAUAGUUAAUCUUUAUGGUGAAAAAUUCAAUUUUUAGUCUUUGGGUGUAAUCAAGAUUGAAUUUUUACUCUCUCUGUGUUACAGAUAGUUAAUCUUUUUAGCUUAGGGUGGUUGUUUAGAAAGGUUCUUGAUUCACAAUCAUGAAAAAGAAGAACAAGGAACUGAGGCAAUGGAGAGCCUAUUUUAGGUCAUCAACUUUGGAUAUUUUUUAUAUCAUUGAAUCUGCAAUAAGAGUAGCAGCCAUUGAUUACCCACAAGAGUUCAAAUUAAGAAGAGAUGGAAUUAAUGAGCUGCUCUUCUCAUUUGGGGAUUUGGAUAGUGAUGAGGUAGAAAAUGUUGUUGAUGUUGAGGGUGAUAAGGGUAAAAGAAAGUGUAAAAAUGAGUUAGUCAGAGGGUUAAAUGACUGUGAUGUUGAAAAAAGGAAAAAUGAUAGCAAUGUUGAAGUUGAGGCAUUGAGUGAUGAAAUAGAGGAAGAGUCUCGAGUUGUUAACCAGGCUCUACCGAUCAAGAAAAGCUAUGCUGAAGUUGAGGCAUUGAGCGAUGAGAUAGAGGAAGAGUCUCGAGUUGUUGAGGAGGCUCUAUCGAUCAAGAAAAUCAUCGAUAACAGUCAAAAUGAGUCUGAUUCGAAUGUAUAUAAGAGCUUAAAGAGGCUUCAAACGAUGGGUUUGUCCGUGGAGAUUCUGCAGAAAACAGAAAUUGGGAAGUCUGUUAGUACUCUCAGAUGGCACAACUCAAAAAAUAUUCGAUGUCUGGUCAGGAAGAUGGUCAAGGAGUGGAUUGAAAUGGUACAAGAGUGGGUGGAUGCUCGAGCAGCAUUAACAGAAAGGAAAUCUGAGUCUACGAAAGCAUUCGUUGUUGAUGAAGAAGAAGGAGGACUUCCUGCCCCGCCCUUGGAGGACUUACCUUUCCUUUUUUCUCAGACCACCUCUAAAAUCGAGCUGUCACAAAUCUUUGAUGGCAUGGAUGAUGAUGGGAAUGUUAUAAUCAGCGUGGACCAAAAGGACGAGCAAGAAAAGAAACGAACUUCCCUUGUCAAACCAAAUAAGCCUCCCGGAGUCAACCCAGGACGUGGAAGACCAACUAAGAGAGCACUCGAACAGAAGCUCAACAAUGAUCAUGAAAUGAAACUCCAGGAGAAAUUUGACAAGAGAAAAACUCAAACAAGGCCUGUGCAUACUCAGCAAAAUAAACUGAAAUGCCUCGAUGAGGAUGCAGAACGUUUGAAUCUUGAGGCCACAAAGCGAAAGCUCCAUGAGUGUUACCAACAAGUUGAAAAUGCCAAGAGGCAUAGGACGGUUCAAGUAAUGUCAUUGAAGGACAUACCCCAGCAAGGCCGUGGCAUUAGAAAGCCUCAUAAUAGGCGACAGUGAAUCAUUUCUUCGCCUUUGCUGGUCAACGUUGUGGAGGAGCAUCGUCAAUGAAGACUCGUGUCAAUGGAUCUCGUCUAGUUAGGAGAGGUGCGCGUGUUGUUCAAGUUAUACAUUUUCCAGUUGGAAGGACAUGAAUUGUGCCCAGAUUUUCGACUAUUUUGAACAUAUUAGCCUGGCCUUUUUUUUUUCUUUCUUCUUUCAUAGAAAUGCCCUGAAUUGCAAUUUGUACAUCAGAAUAAGUGCAUUUACAUGUGGCUGGAUCAUUUUGUUUACAAAUGAUACAAAUAUGAAAGAAAUACAAAAGUUGGACCUAUUUGAUCA